AUGGUGCACCAUCCGAUUCAGCCGGCAUCGAAGACCUCAUUGAGGCUUAUGCCACUAGGAGGUUCGGUCACGUACGGCGUUGGGUCAUCGACUGGUAACGGCUACCGAGAGUUUCUCCGCGCGAAGCUCGACGCUCAUGGCUACAAUCCUGUCCUUGUCGGCUCGCGCAAGUCAGGCUCCAUGAGCAAUAAUGAAAAUGAAGGGUGGCGGGGGUAUAGGCUUGAUCAGAUAGACAAGAAGGUCAGGAGUUCUGUUGAAAGGCUAGCCCCAGACGUCUUCACAAUCAACGCCGGAUCCAAUGAUUGCAUCCAGGAUUUUAAGCUCGACGAAUUCAGAGAGCGCAUGACUGACAUAGUUCAUUUCCUUUGGCAAACAGGUCCGUCUUCAACAGUUGUACUAUCCACACUUCUCGUCAACGCCGAUGACAAGGUAAAUUCACGAGUGCUACGCAUAAAUGAGCAGAUCCGAGAUUUGGUCGUGCAAGAGACUAGCCGUAACAGUAGGAUUGUUCUUGCGGAUAUGCACGGUGUCGGGGGACCACAAGUUGAUGAUCUUGUGGAUGGAACACAUCCUGGCGAUACGGGCUACCAAAUCAUGGCCGGCAUUUGGUUUGAUGCCAUCCAAAAAGCUCGAGGAAAGGGCUUCUUUACCAAAUAA